AUGAAAGCACAGGCAGACAAACACAGGACAGAAAGAACGUUUGAGGUGGGGGAAUUAGUCUUUCUAAAGUUACAGCCAUACAUCCAAGCUUCAUUUGCUCCGAGGGCCAACCAUAAGCUUGCCUAUAAAUUUUUUGGUCCAUACAAGAUACUGGAACGUGUGGAGGAAGUUGUCUACCGCCUGGAUUUGCCUGCAUCUAGUAAAGUCCACCCUGUGUUCCAUGUAUCCCUGCUGCGUAAGGUUCUCAAGCCCGAUCAGCAAAUCCUGCGGUCGCUGCCGCCACCAGAGGCUCAUCUGCAGAUCCCUGCGUUAAUUCUUCAGCGACGUGUGGUGAUGCGUGGCGCUAAACGAGUAUUGCAAGUACUGGUCCAAUGGUCUAAUGGUUCAACUAAACUGGCUACGUGGGAGGAUCUGGAAACUCUGAAGCAAAUGUUUCCCAGGGCGCCGGCUUGGGGGCAAGCCGCAUCUCAACAGGGGAAGAUUGUCAGCGGCACGGGUACAAUAGAGCGGCAAGAGGAAGCCCAGUCAAGAGUCAGGCCCAUACGCAAGCCUCGUCUGCCCGCUCGGCUUGCGGGCCCUGAAUGGGCCUUAGGCCUUGUAACCCCUUAA